AUGGACGAUCGCAUGGACAAAGCCGCUCGGACUCGACAAGCCAACGAGAUGGGCAUCUAUGCUUCGUCAUCUUCUUCUGGAUCACCUGGCAGCUGGGACUCUCCACCCACCGAGGACAACAUGAGUGUACGUGACAGCUCUCCAUUCGGCGAUAUGGCGUUCUUCGGCGUUCCACCCAACAACAAUCUUACAUUGGCCACCGAUACUUCGUCGUUCCCACCGGACAUGUUCACCUUCACACCGCCGGAGAGCCCACAAUUCAGCACAGGCAAUCAUCCCAGUCCAGCACAAGCUUCGCCUGCGAACAGUCAGAUAAUCGAAUUGCACCAGGAACUCAGCCAGGCAUCGCAAAUGAUGGACGAAGGACAUCUUCUGCCUGCUCAGCCAAGACAAGUCAUGGCCAGUCCGAACUUGCACAAUGCAGCUACUGGCCGACCGAACACCCAAUCACUGCCAGCUCUGUCACAGACCAGUUCGAGUCCACCACCCGAGAUGGUUGCUUUCGACUUCGCUGAUAUGCCAAUGACAUCAAAUAUGGUCUCAGCUGGUCUCACUCAACCUGAUAAGCCCGACGACCGCAACGAGUUCGAUGCCUUCUUGGACUAUGGCUACGCUGGCACCGACAUGAUGGGCGACGAGAGCUUUUUCGCGAUGUCUUGA